GGAGGCGCCGGAGGAGCGCGGUGGCCGGCGGCCGGACUGGGUGGUGGAGGGCCAGGGCUGCUUGCCGGGCGGCUGCGAGCGGCGAGCCCAGGGCAGCAGCAGCGUCCAUGGAGCAAAAGGAAUGUCAGGACCCUGUGCAUCCAGACAGGGACCAGCUUCAGCACCAACAGCCAACACAAAGAUAGCAGAGCCAUCUCAGGGUUAAACCAUGAUUCCAGUGACAGAGCUCCGCUACUUUGCGGACACACAGCCAGCAUACCGGAUCCUGAAGCCAUGGUGGGAUGUGUUCACUGACUACAUCUCCAUUGUCAUGCUGAUGAUUGCUGUCUUUGGGGGGACGCUGCAAGUCACCCAGGACAAGAUGAUCUGCCUACCUUGUAAGUGGGUCACCAAAGACUCCUGUAACGACUCCUUCCGGGGCUGGGCAGCUUCCAGCCCAGAGCCCACAUACCCCAACUCCACAGUCCUGCCGACUCCUGAUAUAGGCCCCACAGGUAUCAAGUAUGACCUAGAUCGCCACCAGUACAACUAUGUAGAUGCUGUGUGUUAUGAGAACCGCCUGCAUUGGUUUGCCAAGUACUUCCCCUACCUUGUGCUCCUGCACACCCUCAUCUUCCUGGCCUGUAGCAACUUCUGGUUCAAGUUCCCACGCACCAGUUCGAAGCUGGAACACUUUGUGUCUAUCCUGCUCAAGUGCUUCGAUUCACCAUGGACCACACGGGCCCUGUCAGAGACAGUAGUGGAGGAGAGUGAUCCCAAGCCAGCCUUCAGCAAGAUGAACGGCUCCAUGGACAAGAAGUCUUCUACAGUCAGCGAGGAUGUGGAGGCCACUGUGCCCAUGCUGCAGCGGACCAAGUCACGGAUUGAGCAGGGCAUUGUUGACCGAUCUGAGACGGGCGUGCUGGACAAGAAGGAAGGGGAGCAGGCGAAGGCACUGUUUGAGAAGGUGAAGAAGUUCCGGACCCACGUGGAGGAGGGGGACAUCGUGUACCGGCUCUACAUGCGGCAGACCAUCAUCAAGGUGAUCAAGUUCGUCCUCAUCAUCUGCUACACCGUUUACUAUGUGCACAACAUCAAAUUCGAUGUGGACUGCACCGUGGACAUUGAGAGCCUGACCGGCUACCGCACCUACCGCUGUGCCCACCCUCUGGCCACCCUCUUCAAGAUCUUGGCAUCCUUCUACAUCAGCUUGGUCAUCUUCUACGGUCUCAUCUGCAUGUACACACUGUGGUGGAUGCUGCGGCGUUCCCUCAAGAAGUACUCGUUUGAGUCGAUCCGAGAGGAGAGCAGCUACAGUGACAUCCCAGACGUCAAGAACGACUUUGCCUUCAUGUUGCACCUCAUCGACCAGUAUGACCCUCUCUACUCAAAGCGCUUCGCUGUCUUCUUGUCUGAGGUGAGUGAAAACAAACUGCGCCAGCUGAACCUCAACAAUGAGUGGACGCUGGACAAGCUGCGCCAGCGGCUCACCAAAAAUGCCCAGGACAAGCUGGAGCUGCACCUGUUCAUGCUCAGCGGCAUCCCUGACACUGUGUUUGACCUGGUUGAGUUAGAGGUCCUGAAGCUGGAACUGAUACCCGAUGUGACCAUUCCACCCAGCAUUGCCCAGCUCACAGGCCUCAAGGAGCUGUGGCUGUACCACACAGCAGCCAAGAUCGAGGCUCCUGCCCUGGCCUUCCUGCGUGAGAACCUGCGGGCACUGCACAUCAAGUUCACAGACAUCAAGGAGAUCCCACUGUGGAUCUACAGCCUGAAGACGCUGGAGGAGCUGCACCUGACAGGCAACCUGAGUGCAGAGAACAACCGCUACAUCGUCAUUGAUGGCCUGCGGGAGCUCAAACGUCUCAAGGUGCUGCGGCUCAAAAGCAACCUGAGCAAGCUACCGCAGGUGGUCACGGACGUGGGUGUGCACCUGCAGAAGCUGUCCAUCAACAAUGAGGGCACCAAGCUCAUCGUCCUCAACAGCCUCAAGAAGAUGGUUAACCUGACGGAGCUAGAGCUGAUCCGCUGUGACCUGGAGCGCAUCCCUCACUCCAUCUUUAGCCUCCACAACCUGCAGGAGAUUGACCUGAAGGACAACAACCUCAAGACCAUUGAGGAGAUCAUCAGCUUCCAGCAUCUGCACCGCCUCACCUGCCUUAAGCUGUGGUACAACCACAUUGCCUACAUACCCAUCCAGAUCGGCAACCUCACCAACCUCGAGCGACUCUACCUGAACCGCAACAAAAUCGAGAAAAUUCCCACCCAGCUCUUCUACUGCCGCAAACUGCGCUACCUGGACCUCAGCCACAACAACCUGACCUCCCUCCCCGCUGACAUUGGCCUCCUGCAGAACCUCCAGAACUUGGCUGUCACAGCCAACAGGAUCGAGGCGCUCCCCCCAGAGCUCUUCCAGUGUCGGAAGCUGCGGGCUCUUCACCUGGGCAACAAUGUACUACAGUCGCUUCCCUCGAGAGUGGGUGAGCUGACCAACCUGACGCAGAUUGAGCUUCGGGGCAACCGGCUGGAAUGCCUACCUGUGGAGUUGGGCGAGUGUCCCUUGCUCAAGCGCAGUGGCCUGGUGGUGGAGGAGGACCUAUUCAGCACACUGCCACCUGAGGUGAAGGAACGGCUCUGGAGAGCUGACAAGGAGCAGGCCUGAGCACUGCCUGGAGGAGCAACAAAGAGCAUCAGCACACCCUCAGGCCAAGUGGGCAGCCCAGCUCUCCCAGGACUGCUGGACAGCCAGCUGGGUCCAGCCAGGCAGAGGCUGGGCCAGAGCAGAAAACAGGGACUGAGGGGCUGGUCCCUUUUCUCCCUCUAGAACAUGUACACCCAGGACAGGCACUUGCUGGAGACCAGAAUCUCUGAGACUAGUCUCAGAGUACAGUAUUUGGACAAUCAGGGUCUUCACGCUGGAGGCCAUCUCUGCCUCAGAGGCUGAGCCAGCACCAGAGGCCCAGGAAGAGUGACUUAGAUCUGGGUAUUUAUUUUUUCCACUUCCCAUCUUUUCCCUCCAGAUAACUUACACAUUCCCAAGAAGGUCCAGCUCUGUGGGAAGUGGUUAGCACCCUGGCAGUGUUCACCUUUUUCUUUUCAGGUGAUGCUAAGAGAAUCAAGUGCCCACCCAGACUUGGGCAGAGUUGGGUAGGGUGAGCCAGUCUCAUGAUGGUUGCCUUAUUGGCACUGGGCGAGGCUGUGGCAGCAAAGCUUGUGGGAGACCAGGCCUCCAGGUGGAAGGAUCAGGCCUGAGGCUUGACCCAUCAGUUUUUUAAGCAAUUUUAAAUUUUUUUUUUUUUUCAUGGGUUUUCUUUUUUUUUUUUUUGGGUUUUUUUUUUU